UUGUUAUAUUCGCAAAUAAAAAUGGCUGCCCUCAGUAAUUCUGACAAAUUUCGAGAUAAAACCCUUAGAUUCAACGCGUCCCUUGUCAAGCUUGAUAAACAGGACCUAAGUAAUAAUGACAACCAAUUACACGUGUUUGUUUCAAGAAAAGAUGCCGAUAUUUUGGGACUACCUAGUUCCAGACAGUCGUUUUGUCUGUCUAUUUGGACAAACACUAAAAGCGAAAGUAAACACCCACCAGGAAAGGGAAGCGUAUUUCAGAGGUUCUUGUCGAACAGUCAGAAUUUUCCAGAGAUCCUAAUACCAGAUACUGAAGAAACAGACGUUGACAACACAGGAAGUAUUGUUCAUGGCUCAGAUAUUGAAAUCUUCGUCGUCACCAUAAUUCGAGAACAAACGCAGAACCAAGCUGAGACUGAUAGCCCUAACAAGAUUGAGAUAUUUUGUUCACCAGAAUUCAUGACACACUAUAACAUUGCAUCAGAGAAUAUAUAUGUAAGAUGUGUCCAGCUUCACCCUGUCUACAAUUUAGUGAUUGGAGUCGGUUCACAAGAGACCUACAGGUGGAUUACUAAGAGAGAUUCAGAAUUUUCCAAACAUUUGUUACAGAUUAUCAAGAAAAGCCCUGUUCUUGUUAGAGCAAAGGAUGUUUUCUUAGCACCAUAUGGCCCAUUUCUUAAUGAUCCAGAUUUCAAACGAGAAUAUUACACUGAUACAUUUGUACUAGAAUGUUCUCCAGUUAAACAAGGCAUGUUAACUGAAAAGACAGAGAUGGUGAUAACAUUCUUAGGUGAUAUGCAAGCUGAAACAAAGAGAUUUCAAGACAAAAUCAGAUCUUUAAAGCGUCCAGGCAAUGCCGUGUCAUUCAGUCCACUUCUGUCAGAUUUCACACAAUAUUCAGACGUGUUUUAUUCUAAUUCACUCCAACAGGAAGAUGAAGACGAUUGUAUCCCAAACUUUGAAGACAUCACUGAUGAUAAGAAUUCAAAAACUACAACUCAGACUUUUGAUGUAACAAGGCAAAGGAAAGUCUCAGACUUUAUUGGCAGUUUCUGCUUUGAAGUUGUUUCACAGGAAUAUGUUUUCAGAGAGAUGCUGUUUCGUGAAGUAAAAAAACAAAACUUUGACUCUUUCUAUUUUAUUGGAAUGUCAAGAAAACAAAUGUUAAAACUUGGUGUUUUUGAUAGCAGCUAUGUGCUUGUAACUCCAGAUUAUGAUGAAGAUGUUGAUGUUGUUGGUAAAGAUCCUCCAAUAGAGAGACUUUGUAUGGUACGCUGCCUAACUAAGGAGUUUGAUAGAUCCACAAAGGUUUACAUCUCACCCCUCUGCUUGUUUAACAUGCAACAAAAGCCACCAGUUAUAUUGCCAUCAAAAUUGAAAUUAAAGAGAUAUAACUUCACAGAUGUGUAUACCUUGAAUAUAAUAUCCUCCAAAAGCCCAUCCUGCACUGUGACGCCGCCAGUUGCCAGUGAAGUCACCAUUUCUAUUGUCCCAUCUCCCAACUACAGUCCACGGUCUCCACAUGACGAGGCACUAAAACAGUAUUUUACAUGCAGAAGGGUUGUUGCAAAAGGAGAUAUUAUUGCCAUAAGGAGCUCAGAUGAUCCGCUUUUCUGGCAGAACACUGGCGAUGAUACAGAGAACAGAUUUCCAUGUAUUUACUUCAAAGUAAUUGGCAUACAAGGCCAAGAAACAAAGCACAGGAACUUUGUAAUGGACACCACACACACCACUCUAGUACAGAUUGGCACAGAGCACAGUUACGUGCCAGUGAUGAUGCAGACAUACCUAAGCCCCCAGCCUGUAAGUUUCUGGGACCAGGACUACUUACACGGCCUUCACACUUACGUGGAUAGGCUGGAGAACUUCAUCCUGCCCCACAUCACCACCAGCUCUGAAACAAAGAUACUACAGUCAUUGCCGCCGGCAAUCCUGCUAUCCGGCCCAGUGGGGUGUGGGAAGACAAGUCUGGUGGUAGCAGUGGCACGACGUUUUGGAGUCCACGCCUUCAAGGUUAAUUGUCACACUUUGGUUGGAGAGUCUGCUGCAGCCACGGAAUCCAGAAUGAAAAACGCAUUUACUGCAGCCGGGCUGUAUUCUCCGUGCAUUCUGCUGCUGCAGAGCAUACAUGCACUGGGUCGGGACAGGGAUGGAAAUACUGAAGACCCCCGGGUUGCUAGCAGUCUUCUCUCCAAUGUGAUGCAGCUGAAGAACGACCUGCAACUGUUCCCCAUGGUUGUCGUAGCAACCUGCCACAAGAACAAGGACCUUACCCACGACAUGCAGGAGUGCUUUCUGCACCACCUUAAAAUAGAAGUUCCUACAGAGCAUGAGAGGGGAGACAUUGUCGGAGCAUUGAUACAGAAUGUGAACCACAGCGCCAACAUCUGUCUCUCCUACAUAGCCCAGAGGACUGCAGGCUUUGUGUUGGGAGACCUUGCUGCCCUGGUUGCCCAUGCCAAACGAGAGGCCUUCAAGCGCAUUGUCAACCUCUGCUACUCUGGCAAGGUGCGCCCCACAGUGUCAGAGGAAGAGGACUUGCUGGCAGCAGGUAUUGUACUGCAGCAGGCCGACUUCCAGGCUGCACUUGACCAGCUGCAGGCUGCACACUCAGACGCCAUCGGGGCUCCAAAGAUUCCCAAUGUGAUGUGGGAUGAUGUGGGUGGGCUCUCAGACGUUAAGAGUGAGAUACUGGACACUAUCCAACUCCCUCUGCAGUACCCAGAACUGCUGGCAGCCGGACUCAGACGUUCAGGUGUCUUGCUAUAUGGCCCCCCUGGUACUGGUAAAACUCUGUUGGCAAAGGCUGUAGCCACUGAAUGCUCCCUCAAUUUCCUCAGUGUGAAGGGUCCAGAGUUAAUAAACAUGUACGUGGGACAGAGUGAGCAGAAUAUUAGAGAAGUGUUCAAUAGAGCAAGAAGUGCUACUCCAUGUGUGAUAUUCUUUGAUGAGUUGGACUCACUGGCCCCACACAGAGGCAAGAGUGGAGACUCAGGAGGGGUGAUGGACAGGGUGGUGUCCCAGUUGCUGGCAGAGAUGGACGGCCUCAACAAGGCUAGUGAUGUGUUUGUCAUUGGAGCCACCAAUAGACCAGACCUUUUGGAUCCAGCUCUGCUUAGGCCAGGACGGUUUGAUAAGAUGCUGUACUUGGGUGUGAGUGAUGACAACCAGUCUCAGUACAGGAUUCUGAAAGCGUUAACGAGAAAAUUCAACCUAGAGGAAAAUUUUGACAUGGAAAAGUUUGUUGAGAAAUGUCCGUUCAAUCUGACGGGUGCAGAUUUCUACGCCCUGGCAUCAGAUGCCAUGUUGAAUGCUAUCAAGAGAAAGAUAGAUCUGGUUGAUGCAGGUAAAACAGUGGAGGACAAAAUCACCGUGGGUGAGAGUGACUUCCAGCUGGCGCUAGAGAACCUCUCGCCCUCAGUCUCUGAGGCUGAGCUUGAGAGAUACGAACACAUAAGAGAGCAGCUCAAGGGGGGUCACUCUGGGGAUGACACGGUACAGGACAGCGUUGAGCGACUCAAAGAAAUUGCCGCUAGAUACACCGAUGGCACUGAAGAUGGGAAAUAUGAUGCUGAGGGAAUGGAGGAAGAAAUUAUUGAUAAACAGGCGGAUAUUUUGAAUGCGCAAUCUGCUGAAUUGUGAAUUUGUUUAGUGUACUUGUGUAAGAUAUAACAUGCAUUAAUUUUUUUUAUUUUUUUAUUCUAUGUGCUUAUAAUUAAUCACUUCUUAUAAAUUAAAGGUGUAGAAAAAAUGAUAUAAAAUUGUUUUUGCCAAUGAAGGGACUACAAGCCAUUCCCUUGUUGAGUGAAUAUUAUUGUAAAAUAUAUGAGUAUAUGACCUGCACAUCUACUUGUAUCCACGGUUAUCAUAAAUAGCAAAAGGUGAACAACA